CAGGAAUCUCGGCUAAAGCAUCCAUGACAGAUGGCCAUCCAACCUCUGUUUAAAAACCUCCAAGGAAGGAGAGUCCACAACCUCUUGAGGAAGACCAUUCCACCAGCUCUUACAGCUUUAAGUGCCUCUUGAUGCACACGGAAGUCAAGUUCAUCACCGGUCCCCAUCAACAUCCGUGCAGUGUGAUGUUCUCUUACGGCAUCGGAGUGUUUUUCAUCUCAUUCCUGGCCAGCUUCAUUGCUAUCCUGGUUUUGCUUCUCCAAGCCAGAGGGCUGUACAAGAGGUUUCUGAAUUCAACCGGCUACGUGGGCGAUCAGGAGUGGGCGAUGAUUAAGAUGGUAGAGCAAAGAGUGUUUUUGUACCCCAUGAUAUUUUUUUGCUGCUGGGGUCCAGCCUUUAUCCUUGGAAUCUUCAGACUGACAUCUUUGGAGCACACCAGGCCGUACAUGGGAUUUUGUGUUUUAGAGGCCCUGACAGCGUCAUCCCAGGGCCUCCUGAACUGCGCUGUUUACUGCUGGACCCAGCAUACGUUCCGCUGCAUGAAGCGCAGGGCCUGCCAAGACGGCGAGACCCAGACGCCGCUCCUGCGGUCCCAGAAGAGGUUCUACGAAAGCACGCUGCCCGCUGCUGGACGCCAGGUGGAGGCCAAGUCCGCUGCGGGCUCCACGGCGCUGUGAGCAAGGGAGCUUUUGGAGUCCCUCUGGCUGAGCACCCGAAACUCUCUCCUCCCACUCCUUUGGCACCCUCCUCACUGCCACGUAUUGCCAGAGGGGAAGGUGGGCAGCCCAGCCACCUUGGCCCACCAGGCUCCCCACCUGAUCCCACCCAUGCCCUGCCAAGUUCAAGAGACCUUAUC